UCGCCCUUCAAAACCCUCACCAGAUCAGAGCCUAUCCUUCCUCCUCGCACAGACUUCAAAAAUGGCAUCUCACCACCAUUGUUGCCACCCAAACCCACCUCCCACCACCGCCACCACCACUUGGUGCUGCAGUUCCACCCACUGUUAUGACCAAAAACAUCAACUUGCACCACCUCAAUCACAACCUCAAGCGCCCGCAGAUCCACUCCUCCAAACCAUAGCCACACUUCUCCAGCAACAAUCACUAUCCACAUACCCCACAAAAUCCCAAACCCUCCAGAAUCCACAGCUCCAAAAGCAACAGUACGAGCAGCAAAAGACUUUCUUGAAACAACAAGAGCUGCAUAGUCAAACCCAGUCUAUUCUGUCUUCACUUCUCGAGCGAAUCAAUGUCCUUGAAUCCUCUCUCCACCGGUUGUGCACAUUUGGGUUUUAUCAUUCUCCUUCAAGUUCUGUCAGAGAUGCAGCUGCUCGGGUUAUUCAAACUCACUUCCGCGCCUUUCUCGUUCGCAGAUCAAGAACCCUUAGACAGCUCAAGGAGGUUGCUUUCAUCAGAUCGAGUUUCAACUCUCUCAAAUCCUCUGUCUCUAAUGAAACCCAUUUCAAUGUGGACGUUGUUUAUCAGCAAGCCAUGGAUUUGCUUCUUAAACUUGAUUCCAUUCAGGAUGGGGAUCCAAUGAUCAGAGAUGGGAAGAGGUCAGUUAGCAGAGAAUUGGUAAGGUUUUUAGAGUUUGUUGAUCAGUUUGCUGUGAAAAGGCAUGCAGUUUCAUUCCAGUCUAGAAAAGGACUGAAAUUGGUGCAUAAAGGAACCAAAUCUAGGAACUUGAGGAAUUCUAAUAGCACCAACAUUCAGGCUGAUAAGAAGGAAAUCAUAGACAACUUGAGGGAAAGAAUUGAAAAGAUCCAUAAUUUUACUAGGGUUUGUGAGAAUGAUGAGGAAGAGGUGGAGUUUGAAGGGUUUCACCAAGUCAUCAAUGAGGACGAUGAUGAUCACGAUAAUAAAAGCUCUAGUAGGUCUACCAUUAAUGGGAAGUCUGGAAUUCCCAAAACUCGAAAUGGGAUUUUGAUCCCGAGGAAUGGGAGUCAACUUAGAGUGAGAAAAAGUGUGAGCUUUGCUGUUAAUGGGAGUUUGUCAAGGGUUUUUGGCAAUGCUCGUGAACCAGUUUCAGGUGGGGAAGGUCUUUCCACGGAUGGGAGUGUUUCUAGUGAUGAUGAAGAAGAGGCCGUGGAAAAUAAAUUUGAAGAUUACAACGGAUUCUUUAGGGAUGCCAAGGAUAACAAAGCACACAUGGAGGAUGGAGGAUCUCUUCAGAGCAGUGAUGGAGUGAACUUCACAUUUUCCACUCCAGUGCCUGUGAAAAUGGAAAACAGAGUUGAUUUACUGAAUAAGAGGAAGGCUGGAAAAAUUGCUAUAUAAUUAGUAGGCCAUAACAUUGUGGUUGGCUUAGUCUUAGUUCAACGGCAUUGAGGCCUGUGGGAAGAACUUUUGCUUUCUGUUUAGAUCAUAAAUUUUUUCACAUUCAAUUGUUUUGCCAUUGUAGUUGUGUUAUGGGAGAUCUAUUCGUUGCCGGUGCAAAAUUUUUAUCCUGAAUUACGGUGAACAAUUUUCUGGUGUAAAUGUCUGCUGCUUGCUUUUCCAUAGGAAGUGGUUUAGCGUA